CAGAAUUGUUCCAUGUUUUAUAUCGAGUCCCAGAUUUGAGACAAUAAAAAGGAAAAAAUGGAUAUAAAAUCUUUCUUGUACGAAUUUUGUGCUAAGUCGCGCAUUGAGCCAAAGUUUGAAGUUCGUCAGACAGGACCCAAGAACCGGCAGCGUUUCCUCUGCGAAGUUCGUGUCGAGCAGAAUAACUACAUAGGUGUGGGCAACUCCACCAACAAAAAGGAUGCAGAGAAGAACGCGUGCCGCGACUUUGUAAACUAUCUGGUGCGCGUGGGUAAGUUAAAGGCCCAGGAUGUACCGGCAGAUCCCAGUGCUCCAUCAGCGGGAGCUUUCAAAGAAUGUGCACCGGGCGUAGCAACUGCAGGCCCGGGCGGCCAGCAGAGACGUGUGUUUGGUGACCAGUCGGGUCCGCAAGAUCUGGGCGAGGCGUAUAGGCCCCUCAACCACGAAGGAGGCAGCGACCGUUUUAAUAUUAUCGACCAUGUGCAGGAGCAAAAGGAUAUGAACGAGGCAGAGUCAAUUGACGUAAAUGCUGCUAUUCACGGUAACUGGACAAUUGAAAAUGCCAAGGACCGUCUUAACAUGUACAAGCAGUCGAACAAUAUUCGCGACGAUUACAAGUACACUCCGGUGGGCCCGGACCACGCUAGGAGCUUUAUGGCCGAACUGUCUAUAUACGUGCCAGCUCUCAAGCGUAAGGUGACGGCCCGUGAGACGGGAUCCAACAAGAAAUCUGCCAGCAAGUCGUGCGCCUUAUCUUUGGUACGCCAGCUGUUUCACCUAAAGGUAAUUGAGGCCUUCAGCGGCACCCUAAAAAAGAAAAAGGACGAGGAGCUGAAACCCUACCCGGUGAAGCUGUCCCCAAACCUUGUGGACAACUUAGAUGAGGUCAUCAAGGUGCUGGAUCUCCCCGUUGUUAAUCCGCGAAAUAUCAAAAUCGAGAAGGACGGUGCUCCCAUUCCAUUAAUAGUUAGUGUAAACCGCGUGGACCCUUUGGUACCUGGGGGCGAAAACCGACAGGAAAGCUCAGUGAUUCCAUGGGCCCCCCCGCAGCCAAAUUGGAAUACAUGGCAUGCCUGCAACAUCGAUGAAGGCGAGCUGGCCACCACAUCAAUCGAAGAUCUUUCGAUGGACUUUGAACGCUCGUUGCGCGAACGCCGUCAAAACGACGCGGAAUAUCGCCAGUUCCUCGAGUUUCGUGACAAGUUGCCCAUUGCGGCCAUGCGCUCCGAGAUUCUCAGCGCCAUCAAUGAGAAUCCAGUGGUAAUUAUCCGCGGCAACACCGGCUGCGGAAAGACCACACAGAUAGCGCAGUACAUUCUCGACGACUACAUUUCAUCCGGCCAGGGAGGUUUCGCCAACAUAUAUGUGACCCAGCCGCGUCGCAUCUCGGCCAUAUCAGUAGCAGAGCGCGUGGCCCGUGAACGCUGCGAGCAGCUGGGCGACACCGUGGGCUACUCCGUUCGCUUUGAGUCUGUAUUCCCGCGGCCUUACGGGGGUAUCCUCUUCUGCACCGUCGGAGUUCUGUUACGCAAGCUCGAGGCCGGCUUGAGAGGCGUCUCCCAUAUCAUCGUUGACGAAAUCCACGAGCGAGAUGUGAACAGCGAUUUUCUGCUGGUCAUUCUUCGCGAUAUGGUGGCCACCUAUCCGGAUCUACACGUUAUUCUUAUGUCGGCCACCAUCGACACCACGCUUUUUGCCAAUUACUUUGGCGGCUGUCCAGUACUGGAGGUUCCCGGACGAGCCUUUCCUGUUCAGCAAUUCUUUUUGGAAGAUAUACUGCAGAUGACCAACUUUGUGCCCUCGGUGGAGUCCCGACGGAAGCGGAAGGAGGCAGAGGACGAGGAACAGAUGCAGCUCUCGGAGAACAAGGAGGAGGCAGAAACCAAUUACAACAAGGUGUGCGAGGCCAAGUACUCGGAGCAGACCCGGAACUCCAUGGCCAUGCUGUCCGAGUCGGACGUGAGUUUCGAGCUCUUAGAGGCGCUUCUGGUGCUGAUCAAGUCAAAGAACAUCCCUGGUGCCAUCCUCGUCUUCCUUCCCGGCUGGAACUUGAUCUUUGCUCUUAUGAAGUUCCUGCAGAGCUCAAAAACAUUUGGAAACUCGGCUCUGUACCGCAUCCUUCCGUGCCACUCGCAGAUUCCGCGCGACGACCAGCGCAAGGUGUUCGACCCCGUGCCGGACGGCGUCACAAAGAUAAUCCUGUCCACGAACAUAGCUGAGACCUCGAUCACCAUCGAUGACAUCGUCUUCGUUGUGGACAUUUGCAAGGCUCGUAUGAAGCUCUUUACCUCGCACAAUAAUCUCACCAGCUACGCCACCGUGUGGGCUAGCAAGACCAACCUGGAGCAGCGCAAGGGUCGCGCUGGCCGCGUCCGUCCUGGCUUCUGCUUCACACUCUGCUCUCGCGCCCGUUUCGCUGUGCUCGAGGACAAUCUCACGCCGGAGAUGUUCCGCACGCCGCUGCACGAGAUGGCUCUUACCAUCAAGUUGCUCCGCCUUGGUGCCAUUCACCACUUUCUGUCAAAGGCUCUGGAGCCGCCGCCAGUGGACGCUGUCAUCGAGGCCGAGGUACUUCUGCGAGAGAUGCGCUGCCUGGACGCCAACGAUGAAUUGACCCCACUAGGGCGCCUGCUGGCGCGCCUGCCCAUUGAGCCCCGCUUGGGCAAGAUGAUGGUACUGGGCGCCGUUUUCGGCUGCGCCGACCUGGUGGCCAGCAUGGCCUCCUAUUCCAGCACCUUCUCCGAGGUGUUUGCGCUGGACAUCGGCCAGCGUCGACUUGCAAAUCAUCAGAAGGCGCUGAGUGGUCGCAAGUGCUCCGACCACGUGGCAAUGAUUGUGGCGUCGCAACUGUGGCAGCGAGCCAAGCAUCGUGGCGAGCAGGAGGAGGCUCGCUUCUGCGACAGGAAGGGUCUGCAGAUGUCCACCAUGAACGUGAUGUGGGAGGCCAAACAGCAACUGUUGGAUCUGCUGCAGCAGGCUGGCUUCCCAGAGGAGUGCAUGUUGCCUCACCAUGUGGAAGCCGAUUCUGAAAAGACCGACCCUAUGCUGGAUGUGGCACUGGCACUGCUCUGCCUCGGCCUCUAUCCCAACAUCUGCGUGCACAAGGAGAAGCGCAAGGUUCUAACCACUGAGUCCAAGGCGGCCCUGCUGCACAAGACCUCGGUUAACUGCAGCAACCUGGCCAUCACCUUUCCUUAUCCAUUCUUCGUCUUUGGCGAGAAGAUCCGCACACGCGCCGUUUCCUGCAAGCAGCUUUCGAUGGUUUCUCCGCUUCAGGUGAUGCUGUUCGGUUCGCGUAAGAUCGACCUGGCCACCGAUAACAUCGUGCGAGUGGACAACUGGGUAAACUUUGAAAUGGAGCCGGAACAUGCCGCCAAGAUCGCAGCACUGAAGCCGGCAUUGGAAGAUCUCAUCACGAUUGCCUGCGACAAUCCCGCCGAUGUGCUUCGCUUGGAGAAUCCCUACUCCAUGCUAGUCGGUGUGGUUAGGAAUCUUUGUGACGAGAACGCCGGCGACUUUGGACUGCAGCGCGAAACUGGAAUCUUGCCGCACCAGUCGCGACAGGCAGGUUUCAGUGGUGGAGGUGGCGGUCCGGCCAAAAGAGGUCGCUUCGAUAACGGCGGCGGAGGCGGUGGUGGACGCUUCGGGAACAGAGGUGGCUAUGGAAAUCAGGGAAACAGCAGCUAUGGUCGUGGCGGGCGUCGCAACUAUGGCGGUGAAGGUUUCGGUAAUUAUGGAGGAGGUUUUGGAAAUAAUGGAGGUGGUUUUGGGAAUAAUGGAGGUGGAUUCGGAAAUACCGGAGGAGCUGGAUUUGGCAAUAAUGGAGGCGGCGGCGGCGGAUCAGGCGGUGGCUAUGGAAACUAUGGAAAUUCCGGAGGAAAUAACUUCUCGGGAGGCGCUAACCAGAACAACAGCUGGGGACACUAUUAAGGGCUUUCAUAUGUUGAUUAUAUUAUUAUUAUAUAAUAAAAUACACAAGACAUACAUAUUUAUAAUAAAUAAAUUAUAAAUCCAACAUAAACAUCACAAUAAAACCAAGUGUUCUGUGUUCGUGGCAGGCAGGAAGCUGAAGUGGUGGAUACGGCUGUCCCAAACGCAGGUUUAAAGCGGUGUAUAUUGGGGGAGGGGGAUCGCAUUUUACAAU